UACCAUUCAGUCUUGGGUGGGAUUUACUGUUGAUCCCCAGGCUUAGAUGCAGGUGGGAACAUGUAGUUUUUAUUACUCGGCUGGUAUAAAAGAUAGGUGAGGACUUUAUGAAUUACAGUUACUGAGAAUCACAAGACGAAACUGGAAUCCCUCUUCAGAUUCACAAGCAACUGCCCUGAACACAUCCUGCCAAAAGUCCAGACGAAGGAAAGCCAUGGAUUACUACAGAAAAUAUGCGGUUGUCAUUCUGGCCACACUGUCUGUGUUUCUGCAUCUCCUCCAUUCCUUUCCUGAUGGAGAGUUUGCAUUGCAGGGUUGCCCAGAAUGCAAGCUAAAGGAGAACAAAUACUUCUCCAAGCUGGGAGCCCCAAUUUAUCAAUGCAUGGGCUGCUGCUUCUCCAGAGCAUAUCCCACUCCAGCGAGAUCCAAGAAGACAAUGUUGGUUCCCAAAAACAUCACCUCAGAGGCCACGUGCUGUGUGGCCAAAACAUUUACCAAGGCCACAGUCAUGGGAAAUGCCAAAGUGGAGAACCACACGGAGUGCCACUGCAGCACCUGCUACUAUCACAAAUCUUAAAUAUUUUGCCAUGCUGUGUUGGCGACUGCUGAUUUCCCGGAAUGGAAGAUUAAGUUGUUCACUGUUUAUGGUCUUAUGAGAUAAAACCCUCCUUUUCCUUACCAUACCACCUUUGACAUGCUUCAAAGAUAUACUGCAGCUUUAUUGCCUUUCUCCUUAUCCUUCAGUAUAAUCAGCAGUCUAGCUCUUUUCAUGGGGAAUAAAAUACAACAUUUAGCAUGACCAUAAAAAGCUGGUUCCUUUAGAAAUAAAAUCUUUUAAAUCAUCAUUCAAUCAUUAAAUUGUAAUUUCUUCUUAAAGGCUUAAAGCCAGUUGCUUUUCAUGGGAUUAAUUGAAGGGAGUGAGUCAAUGGCUGAGUUGGGGUCACAGGCACUCAGUGACCUGACACUGGAGACCCUUGUUCCCACCAACCUUUCUAGAAACAAGCGGUGAGUCCUUCCAGCCAUGGCCUAGACAUCAGAUGAUUCAUUGGGGUGAAGGAAGAAAAUAUGAGAGCUUCUAUUCAUUAUAUAGAUUAUACAAUUUAUAAAUAAAUAAUUAUGCAUAUGUUGGGGAUGUUUGAUCAGUAGAUUCAUUUGAGGAAAAAUUUGGAGAACACUGCUCUAGGGUUUGGGAAAAAGAGAAUCCUCCCUUGCCUGAAGUUUCUCUCCACUUGGCUUAUGUCUGGCUAAAAGAAAAUGCAUCUUAUUAGUUGCUGCAAACUCGGCUGUAACUGAUUGGUGGAUAAGGAAAGAAUAUAACUGUCCUCAAUUAAAAUUGGGCUUACUUCAAACUUCUAGAGACAUCAGAUCUCACAUCCCACAUUCAGGUCUAGAUGGGAAUGAAUAAGCGAUGAGCAAAGUAUUUGUUGAGCACUCCCUGUGUACUAGGUGGAGUGGAAGCACUUUUACUAAGUUCUAUCCAAAUGCUUAAGAGAAGUGCUGUGCUUCAAAAUCACAUUUAUUGGACGUUUAUACUUAGUUGGGUACUUAGAAACAGUGGUGGUCCUUACCUUGGAGAUUAUGGUGUCAUACUCAUUAAAUUAUAUUAGCCACGGUAAAGAUCAAAAGCACCCUAAAGUCCUAUUCCUAAGGAGCAAGAAAUUUAAA